AGUAGCUACUGACAAUACUCUAUUGAUCGAUGACAAAGACAAUGUUCUUCAUUAUUGAGUAUAAUAGGAUUAGCUAGCUAGUAGCUAACGUUAGCUAAUAUUAAUAGUUGAUAGAUUGGCAAACAGGCAAAGCUAGCUAGCAAGCUAACCGUUCGCUAACUAGCAAGCGUAGUUAACUAGUUAGUUAACUUCGAAUAAUAUCAUUUUAAAAACGGGACAUUGGGGGGGGGGUUAUUUCAAUAUUUCACCCCGACACAGACGGUAAAAAAACAUGGCUGUCCGUUUCAAACCCCGACAGGUGGUGCCUCCGUAACAAAAGCGAACUAGUUAGCAUUUCGCGCUAGCUAACGUCAAUGAACGCUGGCUUGGGGGUGUUGAGUUGCUUGCCAAAGUACAAUGUUUACUCAAGGUACUGAACUCUGUGGUGGGCCCCUUAGCUACUAGCUAGCCGGUAUUUCCUGAGUUGGGAGUGUACGGAACAUGAAAUUGUCCUCGCCAGUGCCAUACUGAUCCCCUUGGUAACGGGAACAGAACCGUUUUCUUUCUACCUCAUCCGUGAUGACAGAGGUGGGAGUGAAGUGGGCCUGCGACUACUGCACCUAUGAGAACUGGCCGUCCGCUGUUAAGUGCACCAUGUGUCGUGCACAGUGUCCCAGCAGUCCCAUAAUCACAAAGGAGACCUACAAUAGCAGCCCCAGCAGUCUUAGUACGGAGCCUGGUUGUGGCUGGCAGGACCCUCCAAGCCCCGAGGGAAGCUGCGGUAGCCUCCUAAUCUACCCAGACUCCAGUGCCAGGCCCCGUGUCAAGCCCCCCAGCAUGGCUGAGAAUAGCUCCAAGUGGUCCUGUCACAUGUGCACCUACCUGAACUGGCCCCGUGCCAUCCGCUGUACCCAGUGUCUGUGUCAGCGCAACCAAAGGACCCCUUGCAGCCCCACGGAGGCCCCCCAGACAUCAGGCACCAACGUGGGUUACCGCCCAGCCCCUCCCCCUAUGGACCCUUGUACAGAGGAGUACAACGACCGGAACAGACUCAAUAGACUCAACACCCGAGGUGGAGGUGGUGGCGGAGGCAGUAGCAGCGGGCAGCACUGGACUUGCACUGCCUGUACUUACCAGAACUAUCCCAAGACCCGGAAGUGCAUCGUCUGCGACCACCCCCAGCCUCAACGUAACAACCGGGAGGCUAUUCCUAUAGAGCUGGCUGGGCAGUCCGAGGAGGCUCCCUCCUCCACAUCCUCAAUCAUCAAUGAACAGGACAGAGACGGGGCCAGGUGGAGAGGGAGUGGGGUGAGCAGUAAGGGGCUGAGCGGGAGACAGGGACCGGGACUGAGGAUGACCUCUCCACCCACCUCUAAGAGGGAGGCGGAGGUAAAGAUGGAUUUCCAGAGGAUUGAGCUGGCGGACGGGGCGAUGGGCAGCGGAGAGGAGCAGCAUCACCAUCCGGAGAAGAUUGAUUUCAAGAAGACCAAACAGAUUAAGAACAGGAUGAGGAAAACUGACUGGCUGUUCCUUAAUGCUUGUGCAGGUGUGGUGGAGGGGAACAUGGCUGCUGUCGAGGCCUACAAGUCGUCGGGCGGUGACAUCGCCCGUCAGAUGACUUCAGACGAGGUCCGUCUCCUGAACCGCGCCACUGCCUUCAACGAUGGCUUUACGCUAGUUCACCUGGCCAUCCGCUUCCAGAGGCAGGACAUGUUGGCUAUCCUUCUCACUGAGGUGUCCCAGCAGGCAGCUAAGUGUAUCCCUGCCAUGGUGUGUGGCGAGCUGACAGAACAGAUCCGCAGGGAGAUCGCUGCCUCUCUGCACCAACGUAAAGGAGACUUCAACUGUUACUUCCUCUCUGACCUGGUGACCUUCACACUGCCCGCAGACAUCGAAGACCUGCCCACUGCAGUCCAGGAGAAGCUGUUUGAUGAGGUGUUAGAUAGAGAUGUACAGAAAGAGCUAGAGGAGGAGUCUCCCAUCAUCAACUGGUCCUUGGAGCUGGGUACCAGGCUGGACAGCAGACUGUAUGCCCUAUGGAACCGUACACAGGGAGACUGCCUGUUAGACUCAGUACUGCAGGCUACCUGGGGGAUAUACGACAAGGACUCUGUCCUCCGCAAGACCCUCCACGACAGCCUGCACGACUGCUCUCACUGGUUCUACACACGGUGGAAGGAGUGGGAGUCGUGGUAUUCUCAGAGCUUUGGUCUCCACUUCUCCCUCCGAGAGGAACAGUGGCAGGAGGACUGGGCCUUCAUACUCUCUCUGGCCAGCCAGCCUGGUGCCAGCCUGGAACAGACUCACAUCUUUGUUCUAGCACACAUUCUUCGUCGACCAAUCAUCGUGUACGGAGUGAAGUAUUACAAGAGUUUCCGCGGAGAAACGUUAGGCUACACUCGUUUCCAAGGUGUGUACCUGCCCCUAUUGUGGGAGCAGAGCUUCUGUUGGAAGAGUCCCAUCGCCCUGGGUUACACACGUGGACACUUCUCUGCCCUGGUCGCCAUGGAGAACGACGGCUACGACAAUCGCGGCGCGGGCGCCAACCUCAACACUGACGACGACGUCACCGUAACCUUCCUGCCGCUGGUGGACAGCGAAAGAAAACUGCUGCACGUACAUUUUCUGUCUGCACAAGAGAUGGGUAACGAGGAGCAGCAGGAGAAGUUGUUGAGGGAGUGGUUGGACUGCUGUGUAACGGAGGGAGGCAUGUUGGCCGCAAUGCAGAAGUCGUCCCGUCGACGCAACCACCCUCUGGUCACACAAAUGGUGGAGAACUGGCUGGAUGGGUACCGACAGAUCUGCCCCUGCGCCUCUCUCUCCGACGGGGAGGAGGAGGAUGAAGAUGAGUGAAGGAGGGAAGGACACAGUGACAGACACAGGAGAGGGUGACAGAGGAGGAAUAUGGCGUCACUGGAUGGGACUCGAGACCACUAGCAUCCUUCUAUACAGUACCAUACGCCUCCUCACCUCAAGAGAGGAUCGACGGUCUUCUGCGCUGCCCAUCUUGAGGCUGUAUCCCAAAGCACAUAGGGUUCUGGUCAAAAAAGUAGUGCGCACUAUAUAGGGAAUAGGUUGCCAUUUGGGACGCAGGGGGGCGGAGAGAUCAAUGGUGUUUCACUCUGCCGUCUCAGAAGCACUGAAGACAGGAGACUCUGGUUCUGAAAGAACUCUUGGAACACGUUCUAGAAUCUCCUCAACAAACCAUGACAACAACAAUGGGUGCGUUCGUAAAUUCACUCUGGAGAGCGUUGUCAGAUCGUAAAUUCACUCUGGAGAGCGUUGUCAGAUCGUAAAUUCACUCUGGAGAGCGUUGCCAGAUCGUAAAUUCACUCUGGAGAGCUUUGUCAGAUCGUAAAUUCACUCUGGAGAGCUUUGUCAGAUCGUAAAUUCACUCUGGAGAGCGUUGCCAGAUCGUAAAUUCACUCUGGAGAGCGUUGUCAGAUCGUAAAUUCACUCUGGAGAGCUUUGUCAGAUCGUAAAUUCACUCUGGAGAGCGUUGUCAGAUCGUAAAUUCACUCUGGAGAGCGUUGUCAGAUCGUAAAUUCACUCUGGAGAGCUUUGUCAGUUCGUUAAUUCACUCUGGAGAGCUUUGUCAGUUCGUAAAUUCACUCUGGAGAGCGUUGUCAGUUCGUAAAUUCACUCUGGAGAGCUUUGUCAGUUCGUUAAUUCACUCUGGAGAGCGUUGUCAGUUCGUAAAUUCACUCUGGAGAGCGUUGCCAGAUCGUAAAUUCACUCUGGAGAGCGUUGUCAGAUCGUAAAUUCACUCUGGAGAGCGUUGUCAGAUCGUAAAUUCACUCUGGAGAGCUUUGUCAGAUCGUAAAUUCACUCUGGAGAGCUUUGUCAGAUCGUAAAUUCACUCUGGAGAGCGUUGUCAGAUCGUAAAUUCACUCUAGAGAGCUUUGUCAGAUCGUAAAUUCACUCUGGAGAGCGUUGUCAGAUCGUAAAUUCACUCUGGAGAGCUUUGUCAGUUCGUUAAUUCACUCUGGAGAGCUUUGUCAGUUCGUAAAUUCACUCUGGAGAGCGUUGUCAGUUCGUAAAUUCACUCUGGAGAGCUUUGUCAGUUCGUUAAUUCACUCUGGAGAGCUUUGUCAGAUCGUAAAUUCACUCUGGAGAGCUUUGUCAGAUCGUAAAUUCACUCUGGAGAGCGUUGUCAGAUCGUAAAUUCACUCUAGAGAGCUUUGUCAGAUCGUAAAUUCACUCUGGAGAGCGUUGUCAGAUCGUAAAUUAACUCUGGAGAGCGUUGUCAGAUCGUAAAUUCACUCUGGACUGCUUUGUCAGUUCGUAAAUUCAGAGCGUUGUCAGAAUGUCUGUUCAUAAAUUCAGUUCGUUUCGCUCUCUGCGUGUUCAGAGCGCACACUGGACGCUCUGGCCGAGGAGUAGGGCUGAUCUGAGCGUUCUGACCUCACAACAGCAAUCAAGCACCCGAGCUAACUGGCUAACUGGCUAACUAGCUAACUGGCUAACUGGCCAACUAGCUAACUGGCCAACUGGCCAACUGGCUAACUGGCUAACUAGCUAACUGGCUAACUAGCUAACUAGCUAACUGGCUAACUAGCCAACUGGCCAACUUGCUAACUUGCUAACUGGCUAACCGGCUAAAGUUGGUUAGCUUGCUAGCUACUUCCAGACACAUAAUGAGAGAACACCUCACUCUGACCAUUAUACGCCCCCCUAGCAGAGCUGGCUAGGCUGUUUACAUGUUAUCCAGAGCGUUGGUGACUGUAAUUGUGCUGCUGGCAACAAUUUAAUUAUGUUUUGUUUUUCUUGCGGAGGUUUACUGACACCGGUCAAAUUCAACAGGUGUUCCGUGUUUAUAAAUGAAUCAGAUAUUCUGCCCUGUCUCACACUGAUGACAGUGUUCUGAAAUGGGAGUAGAUCGCCAGAGGGACUUUACGAACGCACCCAAGGACAACAACUACCACAAGUAGCGACCCCGUAUUAUUUCAAAUAAAGAACUAUAGUUUGUGAAAUGUUAAUCAACUUUAAAA